CUCUUUGAUAUUCCACUAAAAGGGUAUCGUUUAUUCAUUAUCUUACUGUACCAAAGCUAAUGUCUGGCUAUUAAACACCUAUUCUGAUAAAAGACGAACCAUUUCUUGCCCUAGGAAUAAGGAGGAAAGAACAAGAAAAAAAAAAAAGAAGCAGCACAUAGAUAUCUAGGUGCAGCGAUACAUAAAAAAAUGGGGAGAGGAAGGGUAGAAUUGAAGAGAAUUGAGAAUAAAAUAAAUCGACAAGUAACAUUUGCCAAGAGGAGAAAUGGGUUGCUUAAGAAAGCUUACGAGCUAUCUGUUCUUUGCGAUGCAGAGGUUGCUCUUAUCAUUUUCUCUAAUCGUGGCAAGCUUUAUGAGUUCUGCAGUACUUCUAGCAUGGCAAAAACAAUUGAGAAAUACCAGAGAUACAGUUAUGGAGCAUUGGAAACCAAUCAAUCUGCACAAGAUACCCAGAGAUGCUACCAGGAAUAUUUGAAGCUAAAAGCAAACGUGGAGGUCCUGCAGAGCUCACAGAGAAAUCUACUUGGGGAAAAUUUGGGAGAUCUGAGCACAAAAGAUCUUGAGCAGCUUGAAUACCAACUUGAUUCCUCAUUGAAGCAAAUCAGGUCAAGAAAGACACAAUUUAUUGUUAAUCAACUUUCUGAACUUCAAAGGAAGGAAGAAUUAUUGCUGGAAACCAACACUGCUUUAAGGAAGAAGUUGGAGGAAACAAAUGCAGCACUUGAAUCAUCAUGGGAAGGUACAGAUCAAAGCGUUCCAUACAACUGCCAGCCUCCUCACUCAGAGGGUUUUGUUGAUCCUUCGCUGUGCGAUAGUAAUUUGCGAAUUGGUUACAAUGCGGUGGAAACAGAUAAAGUUACUGUUGCAACCACAGGACAAAAUGUUGAUGGAUUUAUUCCAGGGUGGAUGCUUUAAUUUUUUGUUGAAAAAUUAAAGAAAUUGCACUGUAGAAACAAUAAGUGAACAGAAUAAGUAGAGAAGUGUAUAUGAUUGCUCAUAAUUUGGCUUCUUGGGCAAUAUUUAUUAUAGAUGCCUUUAUUUAGUGAUUGGAUAAACUUCCUGUAAUAAUCAAAUUUUAUUGUUCUACUCCAUUUGGUUAAACCAAAGUUUGUACUUGAAUAUUUGUUAUUAUUAUAAAGUUUUUGUAACCAUAUACUUGUAAUUUGUAAA